AUGUUUCUCCCCAACAAUCCAUCAUUCUGGUCUCCUACACGACAUCAUGCUGACAACAUCACGUCUAGCAACAUCCUUCAGAUUCCCUUCCGGCGCUCCCACCCGGUCUCCCUGUCGGAUGCCAUCACCCAGUACAUCUCGUCCAAAUAUGACCAGCGUCCGGACAUGUUCGCCGAUGAUCUCCUGAUCAUUGACCGUCUUCGCACAGAGGCGAUCAAUGUUCAGGAGCCCCAUGUCAGUGGGAUCAGCCGGCUGGUUACGUAUGCAGCCCAGCUGAAGUGGCUAGGGGGGAAGUUUCCAGUCGAUGUGGGGGUUGAGUUUCCCUGGUAUCCUGCCUUCGGGUUCAACACCUCGCGACCUACCUCACAGAAUAACAUCCGGUUUGAACUAGCGAAUAUCAUCUUCAACAUUGCCGCCCUCUACUCGCAACUAGCCUUUGCGGUGAAUCGUACGACGUCGGACGGUCUGAAACAGGCAUGUAAUUACUUCUGUCAGGCGGCGGGGGUGCUGGUGCAUCUGCGCACGGAGAUCCUUCCGGACCUGCGCACGCCGCCGCCCGAAGAUAUGGAUGAUAUGACCAUCCAGAGCCUGGAGCAGCUGCUCCUGGCUGAGGCGCAGGAGUGUUUCUGGCAGAAGGCAGUCAAGGACGGGCUGAAGGAUGCGUCGAUCGCGCGCCUGGCGGCCAAGGUCUCGGACUUUUAUGCCGAUGCGAGUGACUACGCGGUCAAGUCGAAUGCCAUCAGCCCGGACUGGAUCCACCACAUGACUGCCAAGCACCAUCAUUUUGCCGCGGCCGCCCAGUACCGCCAGUCACUGGACUGUCUGGAGAAACGCAAGUACGGAGAGGAGGUGGCGCGGCUGCGAGACAGCGAGGCUUGCGUGAAUGAGGCGCUCAAGGAGUCUCGCUGGAUCAAUCGGACGGUCCUGGGAGACCUGCAGGGCUUGAAGAACCGCGUAACGGAGGAUCUGAAGCGGGCGGAGAAGGACAACGAUGUGAUCUACCUGAACCCGGUCCCGCCCAAGUCCGAGCUCCGCAUCAUUGAUCGCGCGUGCAUGGUGGCGGCGAAAGCUCCCUCGCCGGUGACCGACGCUAUUUCUAUGCUGGGGGAGAAUGGGCCCCUGGGACAGCCGUUGUUUUCUAAGCUCGUCCCGUAUGCGGUUCAUAUUGCUGCCAGUAUUUACUCGGACCGACGUGACCGACUGGUCAAUGAGACCAUCAUUGGCGAGUUGGAGACUAUGACAGACAAAUUACGGGAUUUGCUGUCAUCUUUGAAUCUCCCGGGAUCGUUACAGGCUCUGGAGAAGCCUCUUGGGUUACCCCCAACGCUGGUAUCCCACGCGGAAGAGAUGCGACAGCAAGACGGAUUGAACCGGUUGCGUCGCUCUCUCGAGGACACGGCCAAGGUGAAAGCCAACGACAAGGCCGUGUACAACGAAGGCGUGGAGCUCCUGGCCGCGGAGAAGGCCGAGGACGAUGCAUCGCGGCGGAAAUUCGGGACAGAACGAUGGUCACGACCAUCGUCCGAAGAGGCAGCCCCCAAGCUGUACACGACAUCCCGCGAGAUCGACGGCUACUUCACGUCGGCGCAGAGCAGCGACAACCUGGUCGAGCAGAAACUGCGCGACUCGGAGGCGGUGUUCCGCGUCUUGACCGGGACCAACCGCGAUCUGGAGAUGUACGUCCCCAGCAGUCGACGGGCGGCUAUUCCCCCAGAAUUGGAGCGGGAGGCGAUUCGUCUGCGCGGGUGUCUGAGCGAGGUCAGCCGGCUGGAGAGCCGUAGGAAGCGUCGCGCACAAGCGUUGAAAGACAAGGCUCGGUCGGAUGAUAUUAGCAAGGCACUGCUGAAGGAAGCGGCACGGCUAGAACGGGAGUUCCCGAUGCAGCCGAUCCAGGCGAGCCAGUUCGAGGAUCUCUUCGAGGAGCAGCUGCAUCUCUACGACACGGACCUGGAGAUGGUGGCGCAGGAGCAGCACGACCAAGACCAGAUCGCGGCGCAAGUGCGCGAAGCCAACCGGGCGUUUACGCGGGCUCACAAGGGCGAUGCGUCGACCAAGGAGCGGGAGAAGGCGCUACAGGAGUUGGAGAACGGGUAUCUGAAGUACAAGGAGAUCAUUUCGAACAUCGAGGUAGGACGGAAGUUCUACAACGACCUGGCCAAGAUCGUGGGUCGGUUCCGGGACGACUGCAAAGCCUUUGUGCACCAACGUCGGAUGGAUGCCAGUCAACUAGAGAGCGACAUCUCGAGCGUUGCCGCCAUGGCGUCGUUGAAUAUCUCGCAGCACCCGCUUCGAUACAACGGACAGCCGCCGGCCCCGACCCAACCGUCACCUCCAUCGCAACUCGUGCAGCCGCAGCCGCAGCCGCAGCCGCAACCACAACCACAACCACGAGAGCCUUUGACAGCGCCGCAACCCACGCGUGCUGGGACGCGCCCAUCCAUGGCGCCGGGGGUGUGGUCGCCCGAGAUGGGCAUCCGGUUUGGCCAGGGCGGGCCGUGGGAUCCCAGCAAGGGGGUGAAGUUUUCCUGA